AUGGAUGAAAAUCACCAGUCGGAUCUCGCACUGCCGGACAUUACCGAAGCCGAAGCUGAACAAGAAAAUGGAAAUCAGGGUACCACAAGGACGCGUCUCAUCACGGCCACCACGACGGAAGCCAGUUCCGUCGAGGGGGGUACCGUGGUGUCCGUCCCUGUACCAGUGAGUGUUCCUGUAGGCAGUGCCAGUGGCAGCACCUUCAACGUGAUAACUCCGGAACAACUCCUGCACUUCAAGCCAAUGAUCUGCGUGGACAACAAUGGUUUUAUAUCUGGUCAGGUGGUUGGUGGAGAUCUCAAGGCUACACAUAUUGUCAUCAAACAACCGGUGACAACGUCAGAAUCCGUAGCCACGAGCACCCAAGAGAUCACCACGAUGACAGAACCUCAGCCCCAGUCACAGCCACAGCAAAUCCAGAAUCAAUGGUCAGACAUCAUGAAUAUGGAAGUAUUACCAAUUCGAUGCAAAACCACCACUGCUGAGCUAUACAAGAGUCGACUGGGUUCCGGAGGACGUGGCAGGUGCAUCAAGUACAAGGACAACUGGUUCACUCCUAGCGAAUUUGAGCAGGAAUGCGGUCGUGGUUCCAGCAAAGAUUGGAAGCGUUCCAUUCGUUUCGGCGGACGCAGUCUCCAGGCACUCAUUGACGAGGGUGUCCUUCAACCACAUGCAACAAGUUGCACCUGUCCGGCAUGCUGUGACGAUGACUCCAGCGCUACAGGUCCAGUGCGCUUUUUCACGCCUUACAAGAGACGUCGACGAAAUCAGAUUGAGAUUGACAGCAAGAAGAAGCGCCAAUCGGGAUCAGCUGAUGAGUAUGCAGAACAGGAGCCAGUGGUCAUAACGAAAGAAGAACCCUGGGGCACCCUGACGGACGGAAUAGAUGGUUCUAGUGAUUUUCUCGAUACCACACAAAUUGCCGAGGGCAAUAUUCCCCUCGAGAGACUCAAGUCACUCUGUGUCCAGAUGGCCAAGGCAAUUGCUGAGUUUAGGCGUUGCAUCAAUGAAGCACAGGAAAUUCACGUGAAGCAAGUGGAAAGAGUUCAGCGCGAAAGAGAUGCUGCUCUUAUUGCGGCACGUGUUCACGACAUCGAGGAUCCCAAUGCCAUGAACAUUGCGGCUGGUGUGGACUUGAAUGGUGCCAAGAAGUGUGCCAAUUGUAACAGAGAGGCCCUAGCAGAAUGUUCUCUGUGCAGACGAACACCCUACUGUUCGACAUUUUGCCAACGAAAGGAUUGGAAUUCGCAUCAGGUCGAAUGUUCGCGAGAUCCGACUGAUGGUACUCAACAGAUUAUGCUUCUUGUUGAUGAUCAGACAUAAGCAAUGGGACAAGGUAUUGCACGUGACUAAAUAAUGGUGAGUUUAAAAAAAGAAAGGCUUUUGCCCAAAAUAAAAAUUGUGGAAUCUUAAGGAGAUAAAAAGAAACAACACUUUAAUUUUAAGUACAUAAAAUCAUCUUGUGUGUCCUCUAAUGUGUAAAACAAUCUCUCAAUUAGCGCAUUUUCUUUAUUUCUAUUAUCUAUUCUUAAUUCUGCCAAGAAUUAAAAAAUAUAUAUAUAUAUAAAUAUAUAAUUUCCUGUGUGCUGGAUAACUUAGGUAAGGAAUGUUAACAAUUGGGGAUAAAUGGAGCGAAAGGAAAGAUACCAAAAAAAGCAAGAUUAAAAAGAAAGAAACACAACAAUACAAACCCACCAACCUGGGAAAAUAGUAAUUUCACUAACUCUGAUUCUAAUAGCAAAGCAAUUGACGCACUUUAAAGUACAUACAUUGAUGAUAAUAAACAAAUUUUUGCUGCACAUAAAAAUAACACAAAUGGAAAAACAUCUAUUUUAUCAUGUAAGUGUAUGGAAUGAUAUAUAAAAAUUUGUAGCAUCAAUUGUAACUACUGUAAAUCACUUGUUGGGAAUUGUUAAUCUUUUAAUUUUUUUUUCUAUGUCAUAAUUUCACAGGACAUCCCUGCCUUGGUCAUUUUAUACCUUUUAAAAAUUCACUUUACAUCAAAGGUAGGGGGGUUAAAGGAAUUUUCGCAUAAUCACACUUUCGUCCGAUGAAUGUUUUUUUCGACGCAUUUUUUUUUUUAAAGUAACUGCUAGAAAAAUUGGACGAAAAGUUUGAUAAAAAAUAGUAAAACUGCUUUAUUGUAAACUAAAUCAUUAUACAUUUUUAUUAAUGAAUUUAUCAAUUGAAUACUGUUUAAGGAUAAUGUACCAUGCAAAAACUUAAUUUUUAUAUAAUUAAAUAAAUGAGAGAAAAUUUUAUUGCAAAAAAAGUGAACAAUCUGUAUAAUCUAAUAAGCGGUUUAAAAGAAAAAAAAUCUGUGUAGUAGAUCUUUAAAACUUGAGGACAGUAAAAUGAGGUAAAUAGAAAUAUAUUGUAUACUGUAGAUGAAUGAAAAGAAAAUAAUAAGUGAAAUAGAGAUAAA